AACAAGAAAAAAAAAGAAGAGAGAAAAACAAACAAAAGAAACGGUGGUGCUAAUCACCAAACUAGCGCCCGAACCUUCGAAUUUUUCUCUUCCUCAUUUUCAGAGAUUUAUUAUUAUUAUCUUAGACUUUAGAGAUCUCCCUCCACAUCUCUUCAAAAAAAUCUAAAACCUUUCGAGAUUUUGAUUUCGGGUAAUUUGAUUAUUUUUAUUUUUGCAGCUCACGAUCAAACAACAUAUUUUUUUUUUCUUCUUUUCAAAUAUUGCUCAAAGAGGUUCAAAUUUCAGCUCUCUCAAAUUAGGGUUUCUUUUUGAGGUAAUGUUUAGCUGCUGCUGUUGAUCAUCGUCAUGCAUCUUAAUGGCAAUGCGUUUUGGUGAACAGAGUUAGUUCUUUAAAGCCCAAGGCCUGAAUUUCUUGUUUCAACCUCACGAAAUAAUGUCAGGCCUGGAAGGAAUGAGCACACAUGAUGAAAUAAAAGAACGGAGGUCAGAUGUGGAGAACUCGGAAGAUGAAAGACGACGGACUAAAAUGGGAGCUUUAAGAAAGAAGGCGAUAAAUGCUUCAAACAAGUUCACACACUCUCUUAAAAAGAGAGGGAAAAGGAAAAUUGAUUAUAGAGUUCCCUCAGUUUCCAUAGAGGAUAUAAGAGAUGCAAAGGAGGAGAGUGUGGUGCGUGAAUUGCGCCAGAAACUUUUUGCCCGUGGUUCAUUACCACCGCGGCACGAUGAUUAUCAUACAUUGUUGAGGUUUUUGAGAGCCAGAGACUUGAAUAUUGAAAAAACGAUUGAAAUGUGGGAGGAAAUGCUUCAAUGGAGAAAAGAGUACGGGACAGACACCAUACUAGAGGACUUCCAAUUCGAAGAACUGGAAGAAGUUUUGCAAUACUACCCUCAAGGUUAUCACGGUGUUGAUAAAGAAGGAAGACCAGUCUAUAUCGAGAGGCUUGGGAGAGCUCACCCGGGUAAGCUAAUGCGUAUUACCACAGUUGAGAGAUAUUUAAAGUACCAUGUACAAGAGUUUGAGAAGGCUCUGCGAGAGAAAUUUCCUGCAUGUUCGAUUGCAGCAAAGAGACACAUCGGUUCAACAACAACAAUCUUGGAUGUGCAAGGGCUGGGCAUAAAGAAUUUCAGCAGAACUGCAGCAGAUCUCUUGGCCGGUAUGGCGAAGAUAGAUGGCAACUAUUUUCCUGAGACCUUACAUAGAAUGUUCAUCGUUAAUGCUGGUUCUGGCUUCAAGAUGCUCUAUGGCACCGCAAAGAAGUUUCUUGACCCAAAAACUCUUUCAAAGAUACAAGUGUUGGAACCAAAGUCGCUUGGUAAACUCCUGGAAGUUAUUGAUUCGAGCCAAUUACCUGAGUUCUUGGGUGGUUCUUGUACAUGUUCGGCUGAAGGAGGGUGCCUCAGGUCUAAUAAAGGACCAUGGAAUGAUCAUGAGAUAAUGAAGAUUGUACAUAACACAGAUGGAACUUUUGUAAGACAAGUUACACGAAUAUUUGAUGAGGAACACAAAGUGAAUUCUCACAUUCAAAUGGUACCAUUGAAGGGAAGAACUAGUGAUACAUCAACUGCUGAAUCAGGAUCAGAUAUUGAUGAUCCCUGCUCUCCUCUUGGACCCAGGAAUUUUGGUUUUACGAGAUUGGCUCCAGUUCAUGAAGAAGUGAAGGCAUCGGAUACACCUGCAUACUACAGCUGCGAUGACCAUUUUGCUAUGGUUGAUAAAGCUGUAGACUGUAACCAAGGAGACCGGAGUUCAGGCAGUCAAUCAGAUGGAGUUACUGGUCAAGGGAACCGUUUGGACGAAGCAUCAAAUGCAAGAGCCAUAGCCACAAAGGACGAAAAAGACGAAUCGAAAAGCUUCCGCAGUUUUGUGCGUCUGUUGAUGGGUUUUGUGGCCAAGCUACUCACCAUCUUCCAUGUUAUACGCUGUGGAUUUGGACUGCGGCAUCUGGAAAAUGUCAGUCACUCUAACAAACCAAAACCCAGUCCAGAUAACCGACCACCUGCUACAGCAGAAGUUAUAAAGGAAGAACAUCCCCUACUUCCAUGUUUGCAGCGUCUGAAGAGGCUUGAGACGAUAUACGGAGAGCUUAGCACCAAGCCUGCAGAGAUCCCUCCAGAGAAGGAUCAAAUUCUUAUGGACUCUUUGGAUCGGAUCAAAUCUGUGGAGUUUGACCUUGAGAAGACGAAGAGAGAAUUGCAUGCUACAGUGGUGAAGCAGCUGGAGAUUACAGAGUUCUUAGAGAAUUUAAGAGAAUCUAAUUUUCGUCAAAGAAGAAAGUUAUUCUGUUGAGAUUUUGAAGGUGGCAAUGGCAAGUGAUGUGCUACUACAGAUAGUGAGGGGUAGGCGGGAAAGAGGAGUUUCGACACACGUGAAAAUCUAGGAGCCAUAAUUUUAGCUGUUGAUCAAGUAAGAAAGAGGGAGCAACAAAAAACAUGUUGCUCUAUUUUAACAAACAAAGAGUGAGCUAGCGCUCGUCGGUCUAAUUGUUAAACUCUAGAGUCCCAACAUUCAAUGUGAAUAUUUUGUUUCUGUCUAAAACAUCUGUUUAACCAACCAAGAGAUGGAACUGUUCGACCACAACAGAUGUUCUUGCAGAAGGAAACAAAAUUUGUCUUAAAAAAACAACUCAACAUGAACCAAAUGAUAUGUAAAAUAUAUACAGAUCUUUGUUGUAGGUGAGAGUGGGAGCACUGAUUAGUGUUUUAGAUGAUUAAUGUUCCCGGGGUUGGGUUGGUAAUUUGAUUUGUUUUGUAGCUUUUAGUCCCGCCAGGUUUAUCAAUUGGAAAAUUGUAGUUCUGAACGUUUUUAUUGUUUGAACAAA